ACGGAGACGAAUCGGUGGAUGGCCGCCGCCUCCUCCACCCUUGGUUUCUCUCUCGUGCGACGACGCGCUCCGGCGACGACGGCGAACUCCGCUCCGCGCUCCGGCGACCGGCUCUCAGGUAGAUCGACAUGGCGGGAAGACCCAGCAUCCCGACCAACAGCUCCGCCCUCAUCGCCAUCAUCGCCGACGAGGACACAGUGACUGGGUUUUUGUUGGCUGGAGUUGGCAAUGUUGAUCUGAGGAAAAAGACAAAUUACCUUAUUGUUGAUAACAAAACAACAGUCAAACAAAUUGAAGAUGCAUUUAAGGAAUUCACGACAAGGGAGGACAUUGCAAUUGUACUCAUCAGCCAAUAUGUUGCGAACAUGAUAAGAUUUCUGGUCGAUAGCUACAACAGACCAGUUCCUGCUAUUUUGGAGAUCCCAUCUAAGGAUCAUCCAUAUGACCCAGCACACGAUUCUGUCCUUUCUCGCGUGAAGUACCUGUUUUCUGCUGAAUCAGUUGCAUCAGAUAGGAGGUAAAAACUGGUUGUGUUAUGCAACAUGGGCGUCCUACUUUCUGUGUAACAUUUAUACUUUGAAACUGCAACAUAUGCUUAUUGUAAACACCAUUUUGUGUGAAUAACGAGAGGACCAUCGAGCAGACGAACUACAGCAAAAUAAAGACGAUGAAUUCAUGUAAAAUUUUUGUGUUUGACUGUGGUGUUCACAAAUAUUGUAUCUCGGUUAAGUGUUAACGAUGAUAUUCAUCUGUGGCA